ACUUAUAUUACUCUCGUAUACACCACUUACUAAGAUAAAUGUUAAGAAUAGCUGCACCGAACCUAGAAAUUACAAGCUUUACAAAUAUUCAAUAACUUCAAAUAUUUGCAAAGCCGUGUGCCAUAAUUCUGUAAGGGCAUUUGAUAGUGUACUUUCAUCUGUUAAGGCGAUAUUGGGUGUUUUUAUUUUGUCGUCUCGUGACUUUCGUCAGCUGACAUUUGACUUGGUGGAAGACCUGAUUAAAAAAAAUGGCUCUGCAUUCGGCAAUCAAAGGGAAAUUAAUCUCUGUUAUAGGAGACGAGGACACUUGUGUGGGAUUUCUUCUUGGUGGUAUUGGUGAAAUCAAUAAAAAUCGUCAUCCCAAUUUUAUGGUCGUUGAUAAAAAUACUGCUGUGAGCGAAAUUGAAGAUUGCUUUAAGCGUUUCUUAAAACGCGAUGACAUCGACAUCAUCUUGAUAAAUCAAACAUAUGCUGAACUUAUUCGUCAUGUAAUCGAUGCACAUACUGCACCAGUACCAGCAGUUCUGGAAAUCCCAUCAAAGGAUCAUCCCUACGAUGCCAGCAAGGACUCUAUUUUACGUCGUGCUCGUGGCAUGUUUAAUCCCGAGGAUUUGGUACGCUGAUUUCUAAAAUUGCUGCGCUACACAUAUAUAAACUUGUUCAAUGUUUUAAAAUACCUGUAUCUAAAGUUUUAAAUCUUAGUUUAUUGUUGUAAAUUGUAUAUUGAAUGUAUUAAAGCACAGGUGAAAAAUAUAAAAACUUAAA